CAAAACCUAAAACCCUGAGCCUAAAUCCUGUUCGCAAAAUCAAAGAAAACCCAUGAAGUGAAACCAGACGCUGAUUCAGAAAGCAGCGAUCUUUAUUCCAUUUGAGUAGAUGUUUGCUGCUAGAAAUCUUCAAAGAAAUUGCUUCAGAACUCUAUCUUCUCUUCUCCAAUCCAAUCCCGCCAAAGAUGUUAUGUUAUUUAAGGAUGUUGCUCAAAAGCAAGUAGUCAGCAAUGUGAUUCAAACAAAUACUUUAUGCGAAGAAAGUUAUGUACCAUUACCUUUGCUGAAUAGUCCUUUCAAUGGCUGGUUUCGAACAAUGUCAACGUCUAAGGGGAGAAGCAUGCGGAGCAAGGUGGAGAGAAGAAUGCAGAAAGAGUCAGGUAAAACCUCAAGAGAGAUCAGGAGAGCAAAAAAGAUUAAGAAGAAGCUGAUGACUGAUGAAGAGCGGCUUAUUUACAACCUCAAAAGAGCCAAGAAGAAAGUUGCACUUUUGUUACAAAAGCUCAAGAAGUACGAGCUUCCAGAGCUGCCACCUCCAGUACAUGAUCCUGAGUUAUUGACCACUGAGCAGCUUCAAGCAUAUAAAAAGAUUGGAUUCAGAAACACAAAUUAUGUUCCUGUUGGUGUUCGUGGAGUCUUUGGAGGAGUAGUCCAAAAUAUGCAUCUCCACUGGAAGUUUCAUGAGACUGUGCAAGUCUGUUGUGAUAACUUUCCAAAAGAAAAAAUCAAGGAAAUGGCAACUAUGCUUGCAAGACUGAGUGGUGGCAUUGUGGUUAACAUACAUAAUGUAAAAACAAUUAUCAUGUUUCGUGGUAGAAACUAUCGGCAACCAAAAAAUCUGAUUCCUAUCAACACCCUUACAAAAAGGAAGGCAUUAUUUAAGGCCAGAUUUGAACAAGCUCUUGAAUCUCAGAAGUUAAAUAUAAAGAAGAUAGAACAAGAGCUCCGACGAAAGGGCAUUAAUCCUGAGGAUCCAGUUGCAAUGGCCAGUGUUCAGAGAGUAGCUUCAACAUUCUUCAAUGCAAUUGAUGAGAAGGAAGGUAGCCCUUAUGUAUUUCAUGGGUACAAUAAAAUGUCUGACGUGGUGCCUAAUACAGAUAUGUCACUCUCAGAACCUCCUGAUGAUAGUGACCAGGAGGACCUAGAUAAUUUCAUAGCUGAAAUUGAGGACGCAGCAGAUAGAGAAUGGGCUGAAGAGGAAGCAGCAGAGGAAAAAGAGCUUGGAAGAAUAAGAUACUGGAACAGAGAAGAAAUUGGAGGAAGGUCCAGGAGGGGAAACAAUUACUCUGAUGAUGAGGUUAGAGAGUCAAGAGGUUGGAAGGAUAGAUUUGGAAAGGGAAGGACUAGUGAGAGCGAUGAUGAAGAUGCUGAUAAUUCUGAGGGCAACGAUGAAUGGGAUUCUGGUAAUGCUGGGGUUACGAGUGACUAUGACUCUGAAGAAGCUCAUAAUGAAUUCAAGAGAUCUAGGGUUGAAAGGGGGAAGUGGGAUAAGGUUAGCAGAUCAAAUACUAGUGCAGGUUUCAAGAGAAACACUGAGCUUAGUUAUGGACAAAAGAGGUCAGAAGUAGAUUCUGAAUCAGAAAAUAUUUUGAGUGAUCUUGAUAAUGCAAUGUGGGAAUCUGAUGGUGAGGAAGAACAUGAUUCUAGAUCAUCAAAAGUGGUGUCAACAAAUAAUUUCAGGAGCAGCAGUGAUGAAAAGGAUGAAUCUUAUUCCAUUAAGGGAAAUGAGAGAGUUGGGAUGCAUGAUUAUGAAAGUAGUUCUGAUGAUGAAUUCAAGACAUUUGAUACAGCUGACAAGAAGCAGGAUGGUAGCAGUAGAGACAAUUUCACUGAAGCUAAAUCUGGCUCUAGGAGAAAGACGGCUACCAAGGGUUCUAUCUCUGACGAUGUGUCAAGUGAUUCUGAAAUUGCAAUGUGGGAAUCAGACUCUGAAGAAGAAUCAAGAGCAGAAAGAUAUGACUUUACGGGCAAUGUUGAACAAGACUACCAUCCUCACAUAAGCAAAGGUGAGAAAAAUGAGGCUAUCCAUAGGCUAAUAAAAGCACCAAAAGAGGUGGACGAGACCUGGGACAGUGACUAAAAUUGUAGACUUACCCAAUUUGCUUGCCUUCAUUUGAAAUGGAGGAGUUCAAGGUUAUGAACUUAAACCCAUUCAUUAUUCAAAUGGAUCAAAAUAACUUUGAAAUUUGUCAUCUUAACAUUAUUCUUCUUGUGGGAUUACAAUUCAGAGCCAUUCUUCCUCCUCUGAAACACUGUUUUGGAAAUGAACUGUUUGCUGGGGU